UAGAAAAACUAGUAAACUUUUUGGAAAGCAAUCCAUGGCUGGCUAUGGGUCAUGCUCGUACUGCGAAUGCUCGCAUUCGCAGUCGUCAGGCAUGGUCCGAAAUAACGACAGCUUUGAACAGUGAAGGUGGUGGGUGUACGAAAACAUGGGAACAGUGGUGUAAGUACUGGAAGGACAAAAAAGGAGCAGUGAAGAGGAAGACCAGCUUAAUUGCAGCAGCAAGACGGCGGACUGGUGGUGGUAUAGAGGAUGUGCCAGAGCUCAGUGAAAUUGAGUUAAAAAUCCAAACAAUCAUGGGAGGAGAAAGUUUUGGUAGCGGAGAUCAGAACUUAGCAAUAAAUCCCUUUGAGGAACAGCCGAUAGAUAGAGUUGUGGAAAGUGAAGAGUCUCCCAGCAUUUUACUUAAUAUUGACCUGCCAAUUGAGCAACAGAAUGCUGACCAAAGCAGAUUAUCUGAGCCAGGUUAUGAAGUGCUAUGGUCUAAUCUUCCUGCCUUUGAUGGGAAUAGUGUGCAAGACAAUCUGGCACCGAUACCUUCAACCUCAGCAUCCCAGCCAGUAAUUGAACCAGCAUCAGACGCUCAUCGUUUAGAAGCUGAAGAAAACAGGGUUCUACCAACUGAGCCAACAAGACCUAUGUUACAGCGAAAUGAUGUUUUGGAAAGAGGCAGUCAAACUCCCAGUCAGCGUUUGCCUAGAGAGACCUUACAUGGUCGCCGACGGACUCACCAACAGUCUCCGCGGCAAUCUGCCGCGCGCCGGCGUCUAUUAAGAAGGUCACCUCCCGCGCAACGCCGCUCUGAAAUGGUUAGCAUCACAGAGCGGUUCAUUGCAAUUGAAGAACGCCGAGCAGAUGCAGAACUCUUGAUUGCUCAAUCGAUCAAUAAACAAGCACAGAACAGCCAAGCUACUGUUGAGGUUUUAGGUCAAGUCGGUCAAGCUAUGGUUCAGGCGCUGGAUAAAUUAGGUAGCGCUCUUAGAGAUUUAGCUAAUAAAUAAAAUGUGUGUCAAAGGACUGAUAUAUACAUUAUUAGUUAUGAUAAAAUACACUAUAUUAAGAUUGUUUUAUUAAUUAAUUAAUUGUAAUAAAAUUAUUGUACCUCCA